AUGGGGGUCGGGGGGUGGGUGCUGGUGCUGCUGGCGCUGGGGGCCGGGGCCCCGGGGGGAGCCAGGGAGGGCCUGAACUUCCCCACCUACGACGGGCUGGACCGGGUGCUGCCCGUCACCCUGAAGAACUACAAGGCGAUGCUGAAGCGGUUCCCGGUGCUGGCCCUGCUCCACCACCGCCCCGGCCAGGGCGACCGGGCGGCCCAGCGCCACCACGAGAUGGAGGAGCUGAUCCUGGAGGUGGGCACGGGGGGCCAGGGCCUGACGGAGGAGGACAGCAUCUACGUGUUCAAGGAGGAUGAGGUGAUCGAGUACGACGGGGAGCUGGCGGCGGACACGCUGGUGGAGUUCCUGCUGGAUGUGCUGGAGGACCCGGUGGAGUUCAUCGAGGGUGACCACGAGCUCCAGGCCUUCGAGAACAUCGAGGAUGACCCCAAACUCAUUGGCUACUUCAAGAACGAGGACUCGGAGCACUUCAAGGCCUUCGAGGAGGCGGCGGAGGAGUUUCACCCCUACAUCCCCUUCUUCGCCACCUUUGACAGCAAGGCGGCCAAGAAGCUGACCCUGAAGCUGAACGAGAUCGACUUCUAUGAGCCCUUCAUGGAGGAGCCGGUGACCAUCCCCGACCGGCCCAACAGCAAGGAGGAGAUCGUGGCCUUCGUGGAGGAGCACAAGCGGCACGAGUGUGCGUGUGCGGGGGGAGCGCGCAUGCGUGCACGUGCCGGGGGUGAGCAGCGCGGUGGGUAG